CUUGUUCUUACAAGAGCGCUUCCUCUUUGCGCAAAGUCUGUUGUAUUUGUAUAUAUUUAGAUGUACCAUGAAGGCUGCGUAUUAUACAAGGUGAACAAAGUUUCUCAAACCGCGGUGAAAACUGAAAACCAGCAAGAUGGAUAACAAUUUAACCUCUGAACCCAAAUCCAAUGGCGUGAAGAAAGGAGGAGCCAGGAUUAUUGUGGAUGAUGAUGAUGAGGAUCUCAGUCCAACCGACCUGUCUGAGAUGUUAGCCGAGGGCACCAAGGAGGCCCAUGACCGAGCAGAGAACUGUCAGUUCGUCAAAGAUUUCCUCAGGGGCCGCAUCCUUAGAGAGCUGUUUAAGAAAGGCACAACAGCUUUGUACUUUGUCUAUUCAGCCAUGGAGGAGGAGAUAGAGAAGAAUAAAGAUCACGCUCACAUCGCUCCAAUCUAUUUUCCCACGGAGCUGCAUCGUCGUGAGGCCCUGGCCCGGGACCUGGAGUAUUUUUAUGGAGAGGACUGGAAGAACCAAAUCAGGCUCUCUGCAGGCACCAAGACUUACAUGGACCGGAUCCACGAGGUGGGAAAGGAGGACCCGGUGCUGUUGGUUGCCCACUCCUACACCCGCUACAUGGGAGAUCUCUCAGGAGGACAGAUCCUCAAAAAAGUGGCCCAAAGGGCUCUGAAGCUACCAAGAACAGGAGAGGGUCUGAACUUCUACCAGUUUGAAGGAAUCACCAGCCACAGGGGCUUUAAGCAGCUUUACCGAAGCAGAAUAAAUGAGUUGGAGCUGGACAUGGAGACCAAACAGAGGAUUGUGGAUGAGUCUAAUCGGACCUUCGGAUUCAACAUGAUGGUCUUCUCAGAGCUUGAAGGAAUUGGAAAUACUGUCCAAGAGGAAGGUUUUGGACAUAGUCAUGCAGAGGUCAAUCAAGAUGAUAUCAACAAGUGCCCGUACUACGCAACUAAAAUGGCUGCCACUGGGAAUCCAACCUAUGCACUCCAGUUAGCCAAGAUGUUUGUGGGUCAUCUGCCCUGUCAGGCUGCUCUGGCUGCCUGUGUUGCUCUCUUUGCUGGCUUUACAGCCUGGUACCUUCUGUAAGCUCACACACCCAUCAUCUGCCUUUAAGCUGAAGAUAAAAUGGUUGUCACUGCAAAUCUUUACCCUACUUAGUUUGACCUUAUUACUCUGCAUCUAAUGUACUCUUUUGUUGACCUGUAGCAUUUUAUUAGCACUGUUAAAAAGGUUUUUUGACCAACGUUUUUUGGCGUCAAUGACAUUUUGCGUCUGGGGCUGGAAUUGGCCUAAGAUAGAGCUUUGCUGAUUCUGCACAUGUUGCGUUACAGUGAAAUCUUCCUCCAUAGUGCUUUGUUUUUUAGAUGUUGUAUUCUGUGGACAUAAAGUCACAAGAAACUUUGUCAUCUAGAGAAAAGUAAAAUGUUUAAAUGUGUACCAUGUAAUUAAAAAUCAUACACUGUAUUUUACGUAAACAGGUUUUAGGAUGCUGGGGAGCAUUUUACUGUUUAAAAAAGCUCUGCAAAAAUGUGUGUGCAUGUGUUAAAAAGUAAAAAUUAUUUCAAACGAAAGAAAGCUUCUGCUUCCAAGUCUUCAGACAAAAUUUAUAAAGGAAUUAAAAUGAAAUGUGUCGUAUUAAAGUCCAUUAUAGUUGCAUGGUCAUUUUAAGAUUCAGUGUGCAUAGUGCUCUGCUUACCUGAUCUCUUUUUGUUGUGCACCAGGAGCAAAUGAAGUUGAACCUUUAUUUAUAAGCUGAUAUAAACACUUUAGUACCGGAGUCAAGUUUAAGAUUGACUUCUAUUAUCAGACAUGUUAAGUCCACGUUUGUUUUCAAGGGUGUGAACUGAUUCAAUACUGAGCCAAUGAUGGGUUGUCUCCUACCAACAGAUGUCCAUUUAUAUUUCCACACAUUUUUUCUGUCGGCCCAAAAUGUUCCCUUAAGUGUUAUCCAUUUUCGAGACCCCGUUUGAGCAUGUGGCUCAUUUGAAACGCCAGGGGGCGCUGUUUUUCCACAUUUAGGGUAAAACAGUGAGUAAAUCCUGCUGAAAGGACAGAAACAUCCGUCGGACUUAAUGGUGGGUUAAACAUGUUAUUGUUUAAUACCCUUCAUUUUUCUAUCAGUUAAUUGAUAAAAACGCUAUGUGGAACGUUUAUAGUGAAUUUAAGAUUUUUAGUUUAUAGUGAUCUUGUUUAUUCUGGAUCUAAGUGCCUAAAUGACUUACAACCUUAGAAAAAGUAAUAGGGGAACUGUAUCCACAUGUAUUUGUAUCUUUGGCCAAUAUUUUCAAAUUAUUUUUAUAUAAAGAAAAAUAAAAUAAAGGCUGGUUGUGAUUUG